UUGGGUAGAGAGAGCUCUGCUGGUUGAGAAGAGCUGAAGAGUGCCACUUCAGUGGUUUUCACUGGAGGAAAAAAGAGACCGAAAGAAAAAGAGGAAAAGAAAGUGAGUGAGUGUGGUUGGAUUGGUGGUAGAGGAUGAGCGAGGACUCUCAGUCCCACUACCGGAUGGAGGCUGGGGAUAGGCUCAACGGGCUUGGCCAGAGGAGGAAGAGACCCAAAAAGUCGGACAGCAACACCAGCUUCCUGCGAGCGGCGAGGGCGGGGAACAUCGACAAGGUUCUGGAGUACCUGAAGGGUGGAGUGAACAUCAGCACCUGCAAUCAGAAUGGCCUCAACGCUUUGCACCUGGCAGCUAAGGAGGGCCAUGUGGAGCUGGUCCAGGAGCUUCUGGAGAGGGGCUCUGCUGUGGACUCGUCCACCAAGAAAGGGAACACAGCCCUCCACAUUGCCUCUCUGGCCGGACAGGCAGACGUAGUGAAGAUGCUGGUGAAGCAGGGAGCAGAAAUUAACUCUCAGUCUCAGAAUGGCUUCACUCCUCUGUACAUGGCUUCUCAGGAGAACCAUAUAGAUGUGGUACGUUACCUUCUGGAGAACGGAGGUAACCAGAGCACCGCCACAGAGGAUGGAUUCACCCCCCUGGCCAUCGCCCUCCAGCAGGGCCACAACCAGGUGGUGUCCGUCCUGCUGGAGAACGACACCAAGGGCAAGGUGCGGCUGCCCGCCCUGCACAUCGCCGCCCGCAAGGACGACACCAAGUCUGCAGCGCUGCUCCUCCAGAACGACCACAACGCCGACGUCCAGUCCAAGAGUGGAUUCACGCCACUGCAUAUCGCUGCCCACUAUGGAAACGUGAACGUGUCCACAUUACUGCUGAACCGUGGGGCGGCUGUGGACUUCACAGCCAGGAAUGGGAUCACUCCCCUCCACGUGGCCUCCAAGCGUGGUAACACUAACAUGGUGCGCCUCCUACUGGACAGGGGGUCUCAGAUCGACGCUAAGACUAGGGACGGCCUCACACCUCUACACUGUGCAGCCAGGAGUGGACAUGACCCAGCAGUGGAGCUACUGCUGGAGAGAGGAGCACCCAUGCUGGCCAGGACCAAGAACGGUCUGUCUCCUCUCCACAUGUCGUCUCAGGGUGACCACGUUGAGUGUGUCAAGCACCUGCUGCAGCACAAGGCGCCUGUUGAUGAUGUCACACUGGACUACCUGACUGCGCUGCAUGUCGCCGCCCACUGCGGUCACUACAGAGUCACCAAGCUGCUGCUGGACAAGAGAGCCAACCCCAACGCUAGAGCACUGAAUGGUUUCACCCCGCUGCAUAUCGCCUGUAAGAAGAACCGAGUGAAGGUGAUGGAGCUGCUGGUUAAGUAUGGAGCAUCUAUCCAGGCCAUCACAGAGUCUGGCCUGACUCCCGUUCACGUAGCAGCUUUCAUGGGUCACCUCAACAUCGUCCUGCUGCUGCUACAGAACGGAGCCUCGCCUGACGUUAGCAACAUUCGUGGGGAGACUGCUCUACACAUGGCAUCCAGGGCAGGACAGGUGGAGGUGGUGCGCUGUCUGCUGAGGAACGGAGCCAUGGUGGACGCUAGAGCCAGGGAGGACCAGACUCCCCUCCACAUCGCGUCUCGUCUGGGGAAGACUGAGAUAGUCCAGUUGCUACUGCAGCAUAUGGCCCACCCUGACGCCUCCACUACUAACGGAUACACACCUCUCCACAUCUCAGCCAGGGAGGGACAGGUGGACGUGGCUUCAGUACUGCUGGAGGCGGGCGCCUCACACUCGCUGGCUACUAAGAAAGGAUUCACUCCCCUGCAUGUGGCAUCCAAGUACGGAAGCCUGGAUGUGGUCAAACUUCUCCUGAAAAAAACAGCUCCCCCUGAUUCUGCUGGGAAGAACGGCCUCACACCUCUCCAUGUCGCUGCACAUUAUGAUAACCAGAAGGUGGCGCUCCUGCUUUUGGACAAAGGGGCCUCCCCCCACACCACGGCCAAGAACGGCUACACCCCACUCCACAUUGCGGCGAAGAAGAACCAGAUGGACAUUGCGGUGGUGCUGCUGCAGUACGGGGCAGACACCAACAUCCUGACCAAGCAGGGGGUCACCCCUCUGCACCUGGCCUCACAGGAGGGGCACGCUGACAUGGCCACCCUGCUCAUCGAGAAGGGGACUGAAGUCAACGUCUCCACCAAGAGUGGCCUCACCUCCCUCCAUCUUGCUGCCCAGGAGGACAAGGUGGUUGUCAGUGAGAUACUGGCUACACAUGGAGCCAACCUGGACCAGCAAACUAAGUUGGGCUACACUCCACUGAUUGUAGCGUGUCACUAUGGAAACGCCAAGAUGGUCAACUUCCUCUUACAGAAUGGUGCUAGCGUCAACGCCAAAACCAAGAAUGGGUACACUCCCCUCCACCAAGCAGCACAGCAAGGAAACACACACAUCAUCAAUCUACUGCUGCAGAAUGGAGCUAAGCCCAACAACAUCACUGUGAAUGGUAACACAGCUCUGGCCAUCGCCCGGCGACUGGGCUACAUCUCUGUGGUGGACACACUCAAAGUGGUCACCGAGGAGAUUAUUACCUCGACAACCACGGUGACAGAGAAACACAAGAUGAACGUUCCUGAGACCAUGACUGAAGUCCUGGAUGUCUCUGAUGAGGAGGGUGAUGACACUAUGACAGGGGACGGAGGGGAGUAUCUGAGGGCAGAGGACCUGAGGGAGCUGGGGGAUGACUCCCUGCCUGGACAGUACCUGGAUGGGAUGAACUACCUGCGCUUUAGCCUGGAGGGGGGACGCUCUGACAGUUCGGACAGGUCCUACACUCCCAGUCACCACGGUUACUACUCUCCCAAACAGGACAGCCUGAUGGACGAGAUGUUAACCGGCCAAAACGUGUCGUCUCUUUCCAGGGAAAAUGAGAAGGACUCGUACCGUCUGAGCUGGGGCACAGAAAACCUGGACAAUGUGGCACUGUCUUCCAGCCCCGUCCACUCUGGCUUCUUGGUUAGCUUCAUGGUUGACGCCAGGGGCGGAGCCAUGCGGGGUUGCCGCCACAACGGCCUGCGCAUUAUCAUCCCACCGCGGAAGUGCAGCGCUCCCACGCGGGUGACCUGCCGGCUGGUAAAGAGGCACCGCCUGGCCACCAUGCCUCCCAUGGUGGAGGGAGAGGGCCUGGCCAGCAGGCUGAUCGAGGUGGGGCCUGUCGGAGCCCAGUUCCUCGGGCCUGUGCUGGUGGAGAUCCCUCACUUCGCUGCCCUGAGGGGGAAGGAGAGGGAGCUGGUGAUCUUACGCAGUGAGACAGGAGAGAGCUGGAAGGAGCACCACUGUGAACACACCGGGGAGGAACUUAACCAGAUCCUCAACGGCAUGGACGAGGAACUGGACCCUCCAGAGGAGCUGGAGAAGAAGCGUAUCUGCCGCAUCAUCACCAGGGACUUCCCCCAGUACUUUGCGGUGGUGUCCCGUGUCAAGCAGGACAGUAGCCUGAUCGGUCCAGAGGGGGGCGUCCUGAGCAGCACGGUGAUGCCUCAGGUCCAAGCUGUCUUCCCAGAGGGAGCCCUCACCAAGCGGAUCAGAGUGGGACUACAGGCUCAGCCAAUGAAUGUGGACAUGGUGAGGAAGCUCCUGGGAAACAAGGCGACAUUCAGCCCCAUUGUGACCUUGGAGCCCCGGAGGAGGAAAUUCCAUAAACCCAUAACCAUGACCAUCCCUAUCCCCAAGAGUAACACUGACCCUGUGGUCAAUGGCUUCGGCGGGGACCAGCCCACCCUGCGCCUGCUUUGUAGUAUCACAGGUGGAACGACGCCAGCCCAAUGGGAGGACAUUACAGGAACCACUCCCCUAACGUUCAUCAACGACUGUGUCUCCUUCACGACCAACGUGUCGGCCAGGUUCUGGCUGAUAGACUGUCGGCAGGCGCAGGAGUCGGUCAGUUUCUCCACUUUAGUCUACAGGGAGACCAUCUGCGUUCCCUACAUGGCCAAGUUCGUUAUCUUCGCAAAGACCCAUGACCCCAUAGAGGCACGGCUCCGCUGCUUCUGCAUGACGGACGACAAGAUGGACAAGACCUUGGAACAGCAGGAGAACUUCACUGAGGUGGCCAGAAGCAGAGAUGUAGAGGUCCUAGAGGGCAAACCCAUUUAUGCAGACUGCUUCGGCAACCUGGUCCCUCUCACCAAGAGUGGCCAGCACCAUCUCUUCAGCUUCUUUGCUUUCAAAGAGAACAGGCUGGCACUCUUCAUCAAGAUCCGAGACAACACUCAGGAUCCGUGUGGCCGCCUGUCCUUUAUGAAAGAACCCAGGUCUUAUAGAAGUCUGGCCCACAAUGCUAUAUGCAACCUGAACAUCACACUACCAUCCUACUCAAAGAUCAACAGGACGCUUGAGAAAUUAGAUUCCCAGCAUGAAGCCGAGAGGAAAGAGGAACGGUUGGAAAUAAUAGCCGACCACCUGGGCUUCAGUUGGACGGAGCUGGCUCGAGAACUGGAGUUCAGUGAGGAGAAAGUCAAUCUAAUAAGGCUUGAGAACCCCAAUUCACUACAGGACCAAAGCCACGCCCUGCUGAAGCUCUGGACUGACAGGGAGGGUAAAAAUGUCACAGAAACAUCACUGAUCAAAAGACUAACCAAAAUCAACAGAAUGGACAUUGUCCACCUCAUCGAAACCAAGAUGGUCAAGUCCACCCAGGAGGACACAUCACACACCUAUGCAGAGAUUGAGAGGACCAUUGCACUGGAUCACAGUGAAGGUUUCUCUGCCCUCCAAGAGGACAUAGACAGUCCGCGGCCAGGCAGGCGUACAGACAGCACCCCCAGUGGGUCAGGGUCCAGGCAGGGGCCCCUCGUGGUGUCAGAGGAGGACCUCUCCUCCAGCAUUUCGUCACAUCACGAGACUUCAGGGCGGGUGGAGACAGACGAAUCAGUAACAGGCCUCCUGAGACACGUCCAGAAGGAGAAGCUGCAGAAAGAGAUGGAUUCGACACAUUCUGUGGGCGGUACAUCAGAUACUGGACCGGAGAAGGCUGAGUCACUACAUAUGGGCACUUUCAAACAAGUAAGUCCCUUCGUCACCUUGUACCGCACCUCCCCCUACCAGCUCACCUCUCACGUCCUAGAUCCUGUCUACAAAGGGCCCACCCCUCCCCCCUCGCCCUCUCUAUCUGUCAAGCAUUCUGAGGACGGGGCACAGGGAGGUGCAGAGUGGGGUGAGGGGUCAACUCAGCCCCCCCAGGCUGAAAGCGACAACAAAUGGGUGUUGUCACCAACGAGUCACCAACAGUCACCCACAAGAAGUCGUAAGCGUGUCUGUGGGAGCCGUCCGUUGUCCAUGACCGACUUCGAGGACAGUCUGACUGAAUGUGACCAGGCCGAGCCAGACUUCAGUGAGCUGUCUGUGGAGCUAAAGCAAACCUCAGAGGACUACACUUACCUCUCCACCACCUCUGUCACUAUGACAACGGAACGGGUCACAGAGAACAUCAGUAUUACAGCCAAGCCCAUAAAUGUACCACAGUCUACUCAGCUGCCUCAGUCUUCUGAGGUGGUACGACCCAAAGAGACACAUAAGAUAUUCUCAAAGGAUCAUAUUGACGAGGUGUCACACAGACUUUACAAAGUCCUGUUUGGGUAUGUAGUGAAGUCAACUAGUAAAGGAUCCAGGAAAACACCAAUGGAAUUGGAUGAAGUAGCGGGUACUUACAGAGCCAGCCCGGUUUAUGCAGAGGAUUCCCCUACCUCCAUGCCUUUGAUUGAUGUAGACCAGGCUGAGCUUUACGUCAGACCUGUAGAUAUCAGUCCCUUGACCCCAGAGUCUAUCACCUUUGAGGUGGGUAAGGAAUCCCAGACAAUAGCUCAAACAUCAUCUGACGUGUCAAGAACCACUCUCAUUUCAGAUUCGGUCAAAGUAAAAUCCAUUGUCAGCACUGCAUUAAUCCAGAUGUCACAUGAAUCAACUGCUGAGCCCCCAGGAGAGGUGUUAGAUCCUCCAGUGGCUGACUCCAGAUCAGCCAAAUCUGUUAUACCGGAGGUAGAGUACAGUUUUGCGAUAACCUUACCUAUCACUCAACAUAAGCCUUCAAGUCAGGAGGAAGCCUUUGUUACAUUCUUAUCAGAGUCAUUCAUGCCUUUGGUGCCAGAAUCUACAGCCUCCGAAACCGAAAAAAAGUCUUCAUCACCUGACUCAGGGUCUGAGUAUGCUACUAAAUUUGUAGUUUCAAUGCAUGAUCGAUCGUCUUCGCCAGAGUCAGUGACUUCAGAUGAUAGGUCUGGGUUCCAAUCACCUGACUCACCUAUACUAGAGUAUCGCCCGUCAACACCUGAUUCAUCCAUACUGUUGACUGAGAGUAGAGCCUCAUCCCCUGAAUCACUGUCAUCCGUUACUGAACUUAGGCUUCUUUUGCCUGACUCGUCCAUACCUAAUUUUAGACCCCUGUCUCCUUUACCAUUCCCUGAGAUUAAAUGGGAAACUGCAAAAUUACCUGCUUAUGCCUCUGGACAAAUGUUUAGGCCAUUGACAUCUAUGGUUCCAAACAAGGCAGAGUUUACCAGAGCGAUAUCUCCAGGUAGUGAAAGUAGUUAUUGUCGAUCUAUUUCACCUGAAUCUGUAAUUUACGAAGCUGAAGACAGAGCAUCGUCUCCUGAAUCAGUAAUUCUGGAAACAGUGAGGUGGCAUUUUUCAUCAGAUAGACCGCUAUCUCCUGAAGAGGAUUUACAGAAGAGGUUAUCAUCACCUGAAUCUACCGGGUCAGUCAAUGAACAUAGAACCCUAUCCCCUGAUUCUCCUGUACCUGAGUUUAGACAGGUGAUACCUGAAUCGGUUAUCUCCACUUCGGGAUACAGAUCAUUCUCACCUGAAUCAGAGACUUCAGUGACUUCAGUGACUUCAGAAACUGAAUGUAUACCAUUGGAGGCUUUUGCCUUUUGGCAGAGACCAGACUCACCUGAGUCUUCAAGAUCAGUAGAUGAAGAUAUAUUUCUGUCUCCAGAUUCACCAGUUCCACAAUGUUGGCAAUCUGAACCCAUCGCUUUAGUGACGUUCUGUAGAUCAUCAUCAUCCCAGUCUAUAUUUUCAGAUGUAGAUUAUGAAACUGCACCCUUAGUUUCAUUGCUUUAUAAAGAUAGACCUUCAUCAUCUGAAUCAGUAGCAUCGAUAGAUGAGUACAGAGCGCUAUCACAUGAAUCACCUAUACCUCAGUUUCGACACUUAUUACCCGACUCUAUUGUUGAUUAUAGAUCAGAUUCAUCUAAAUCAGUAUUGUCAGACACUGAAUAUGUUCCAAUGUCGCUGGAGUCUAUACCUGCAGCUCAUAGAUCAUAUUCACCUGAAGCUUUAGACUUUAAAAAGGAGAUCACGUAUCCAGCGUUGACCAAAUUGGAAUCCUCUAAAACCCUUGUUUUUCCAUCCGUGACAAAAGCAAAGUUGACACUUGUUCCAGAAAAAUUACAAUUGGCAGCAGAAUCAUUUGAAGCCAUUAAACCUAACCCUGUAAUGUCAGAACCUGCUAUUUCAACAGACAUGCAAAAUAUACAUCCAGAUAUACAGCAGUCCACUGAAAAGGGCAAAAGAAAACUCAAUCCAUUGUCGGCAAAGACGAAACCCGCAAAAAAAAUUAAAUCAAAGUCCGCCAAAAUUGAUCCAGCAUCUGAAUCAGAGACCGAAAUUCCUGCUGAAAUACAAUUAUCUGAGUCAGCAUUACCUUCUACAAACCCACCUCCAACGAAACCUGCAGAAGUUGUAACUGCACCUAAACCAGCACUACCCGAAUCUACUAAACCUGAACCUCACAAAGGACUAUCAGUACCUGAUGUAGCUCAACCUUCAGAAGACCAACACAUGGUACUAUGCGUGUCACCAAUAACUGUAACUGAAUCAGGUGUAUAUGUCCCUGAAAGUCCACCAAUCAUAUUCAAGUACACAGCUCCACCCUUUCUGGAAUCUAGUAAACCUGAAACUCUAUUAGGUCUAUCAGCCACUGGUGACGAGGCUCAACCUCCAGAAGAUCAAGACAUGGUACUAUGCGUGUCACCAAUAACUGUAACUGAAUCAGGUAUUAAUGUCGCUGAAAGUUCACCAAUAUUAACCGAGUCCUCAACUGCACCAUUAUUUGAAUUUAGUCAAACUGAACCUCAAAAAGGACUAUUAGUACCUGCCUUGGCUCAAUCUUCAUCUGUAUCACCAUCUGUGUCACCAAUAACAGUAUCCGAAUCAGGGACGCAUGUCCUUCCAUCAGCAAUACUAGUGCCAGAGUACAGACUUGUGUAUGAUGCAGAACUUUGGAAGCUUAUCUCUCAAGUAAAUGACCCACAAUAUGUAGGAGAAACCUACUGUAGUAAAACAGGUGUGUUUGAGUAUGCUGGACAAAGAAUAGAGUAUGAGGUGACAUCGGAACCUGAACGUAAAUCGUUAUCAAUAGAUUCUCCAGCUGAGGAGUAUGACUCUAAGUCACUGUCACCGGAGUCAUUAUCAGAGUACAGACCCAUGUCAUCUUCAUCCCUGAUGCUGUUGGAGGAUAUUAAAACAAUGUCUCCUGCGUCUACAGGAACAAUGAAUAGGUCAUUGUCACCAGAUUCCCCCGUACCCAAAUAUUCACCAUUGUUCUGUGAAGCUGUUCAGUUUCACCAUAGGUCAUCAUCACCUGAAUCGUUACCAGAUGAUGAGGUUUCUGAGAUAUUUGAGUCAAGAUUUGUAGCUAUUGAAGGUAGACCCUUAUCACCUGAGUCGACUGGAUCAGUCAGUGAGAAUAGCUCACUUUUAAAAGACAAAGACAUGGUACCUUGUGUGUCACCAAUAACGGUAACUGAAUCGGGUGUCGAAGUCCCUGAAAGUCCACCAAUAAUUUUUGAGUCCACAGCCCAAUUCUUUCCUGAAUCAUCUAAACCUGAGUGUCAGAAAAUACUUUAUGUACCUAAUUCAGCACAACCUUCAAUGGAGCAAGAUGUGACGCCUUCCAUGUCAACAAUAACGGUAACUGAAUCAGAUGUUGAUGUCCCAGAAAGUCCACCAAUAACAUUCGAGUCCACAGCCCAAUUAUUUCCUGAAUCUAGUAAACCUACAGCUCAGAAAGGACUGUCAGUACCUGAUUUCACCCACACUCCAAAAGAACCAUCUUUGUCACCAAUAACAGUAUUUGAAGAAGGAAUACUUGUCAUUCCAUCAGUCAUACGAGUCCCAGUUUACAAACUUAAGUAUGAUGCAGAGCUUUGGAAGCUGAUCUCUCCAAUACAUGACCCCCAUUAUGUAGGGGAAACCCCCAAAACUGGUAUAUUUGAGUAUGCUGACAAUAUCAUAGAGUAUGUACAGACAUCAGAAAGAGAAAGUCAAAGUUCAUCAACUGAGGUUACUGAGGAAAGACCACUCACACCUGAUUCUGAGUCUGAAUAUAGGCCUCUCGCAACUGAGUCAGUUAAGAUAAAGACUGUUUUGAGAUCAGAUUCAGCAGAGUCAGUAAAGUCAUUGAAAGCAUGUCAAUCUUUAUCUCUGAAUUCCCCCAUACCCCAAUAUUCACUAUUUUCCCUUGAAACGGCUCAAUCCUAUCAUAGAUCAUUGUCACCUGAAUCAGUAUCUGAUUCAGAUGUUGAAAUAGACCCAAAAUAUUCAAUAGCUCUGGGUAUUGACACAAUAUCGUCCUUUCCUGAAUCUCUAGGAUCUGUCCAUGAACAUAGAUCACUGUCCGCUGACUCUCCUGUACCUCCAUUUAGACAGGUAAUACCUGAAUCUGUUCUUGGAUACAGAUCCUCAUCGCCUGAAUCAGUGACUUCAGAAACCAAAUGCAUACUUUCUGAGGCUUUUUCCUUUUGGCAGAGACCAGACUCACCUGAGUCAAUAGCAUCAGAUACAGAGGAAAGACCCUUAUCACCUGAGUCUUUAUCAGAGUAUAGAAUCAUGUCUCCUGAAUCAGUCAUGCAACUGACAAACAGCAGAUCAUCAUCACCUGAAUCUACAGCAUCAGUGGAUGAGUACAGGUGUCUGUCUCCAGAUUCCCCCAUGCCUGAGUUUAGACAGGCAUUACAAGAAUCUAUCGUUUCAAUGGUUGGAUAUAGGUCCUCAUCCCCCGAAUCAUUGGCAGAUUAUGAAACAGAAUCUGAAACAGAAUACACUCUUUUGAUUUCUGAGAUUGAAGAUAGACCCGACAGUCCCGAUUCAACGGCAUCAGUAGAUGAGUUUAAAGCUCUGUCACCAGACUCCCCAGUACCCAAGUACACACAGCACGAAACUACUACACUAGUGGCAUGGAAUGGAUCAACAUCGCCUGAAUCGAUAUGCUCAGAUACGGAAUCUGAAAUAGAGUUAUUCAUAGUUGCCUCAAUUCUUCUUAAGGAUAGAUGCUCGUCAGCUGAAUCAAUUGCAUCUAUAGAUGAAUGCAUGGCAUUGUCUCCUGACUCCCCCAUACCUCAGUUUAGACAGAUGUUACCUGAAUCUGCUAUUUCAACCAUUGGGUACAGGUCAUCAUCACCCAAAUCAUUUGCUUCAGAUAUUGAAUAUGCACCACUCAUUUCUGAGUCCUUAUUUGAUGAGGUGAGACCAGACUCACCUGAAUCACUAGCAUCAGUUGAUGAACAUAGACCAUUAACACCCGAGGGUCCUGUCCCUGAUUAUAGGGAGGCGUUACCAAAAUCUGUGUCAAUAAGGGAAUUAUCCUCCACUGGAUCAGUGUUGUCGGAUUCGGAACACUUGAUAUCAACUGCAGAGUAUUUUGCUACUGAACCUACACAAUUGUCACCUGAAUCAGUAGAAUCAAACUGUGGGGAAACAGAGUUGUCAGCCAAAAGUCUCAUUCCUGAGCGCGUAUUACCAUCAGAAAUAUUGGCACGUGAAGAAACAGACCAGAAAUCAAUGGCUGGUUCACCUAUACCUGGAACAACCAUGAUGGUGGAAGAAUACAAUCUUAUGUACGAUGCACCUGAGUGCCAACCCAUGUCACCUGCAACAUUAGUGUUAAAGGCAGAUGUUGGAAUAUCAUCACCCGAAUCUGUGUUAUUAGAGAAACAAGUUGAGAAGGAUAGAUCGCUAUCCCCUGAGUCAGCUGAAUACAGACCCAUGUCUCUAGAAUCAGCCAUGUCAAUGGUUGACGUUAGAACAUCUUCACCUGAAUCAAUGCAUGAGAUAAAUGACAACAGGUCGCUUUCUCCAGACUCACAGAUCCCUCAGUAUACAAUAUCAGGUGUAUCACGUAUGGAUUCAUGUAAUAUGGAGCGCGCCACAAUAGAACACAGGUCAUCAUCACCUGAAUCAAUGUCUUCUGGCUCUGAGUAUGAGCUAAUGGCCAUAUCACCGUCAGCAUUAGAGAGUAGGCCAUCCUCACCUGAUUCCCUAGAAUUAGUCGGCAGGAAUCGGCGGCUAUCGCCUGACUCACCGGUGCCUCAGUUUAUGAGGAUUUUAUCUCAGUACUUCAUGGAACCCCUUAGUGAUAGAACGUCUUCACCUGAAUCAGUGUCAUCAGACACUGUAUUCGUAGCCUUACCUCUAGAUUAUUGGGCCAAUGUCCUCCGAAGGCAGUCGUCUCCUGAAUCCGGUGAAUCAGAUGAAGAGUUAAGUUUAGUUAUUACAGGUAGAGAAACAAUGACAUUUAAAGCAGGUACGUUGAGUGAUGUGACAACUGUUUUAACUUCUGAGCGUGUCCCAUUGUCACCCAAAGAAAAGUCCUUGGGUGUCACUCUGUUGUCAGUCCCCGAUAAUGAAUUUGAAAUAGAACAGGGACAAAUGAGCACGACAGAUCAAGGCUUACCAAGGGUCAGUGGACUAGUAGCAGAAAUGGUUACCUCAUCUACGGAAUGGACACAGACAAAGCAUGGUUCAGAGCAUGCUGAAACCAUCCCAACUCCCCAAGCCACUAUUGGUUUAGAAGACGUCAAAAAGGUCCAGAAAGACGUCCCAGUAAGUCAACAACCAGUGAAGGUCCAGGACGGAAAAGAGGAAGAAGUAGAGGUCCUGUGCCCCAGUGCUGAUACAAUAAACACCCAGGAAGACCCACAGAGGGCUCCGUCUCAAACUGCCAAGGAAAUACUGUUGCAGACCGGCUAUGGAAAGAUGCAAAGUGAAUUAAAGUCUACCAUGAUAAUGGAAAGUACUUUACAUGAGCAAAAGGCAGUUCCAGCCUUCAGUCAAGAAACCAGUGUAUCAGUACUGGCAUCUACUAAACAGAUGAAGACAGCCACAGGCUACGAACCUCUUAUAUCAACUCCAUUGCAGAUCAGUGAACAAGACCCCUUCACUACCCAUAGAGCAGUCACACCUAAACUAAAGAAACCUGACUCUGCCCGUCAGGAAUUCUCUGGCUCGAGUGAAUUUACAUGCAAGGAAUUUGAGCAGAAUCAAUCGGGUGAGUUAUUUUCGCCGAUGUCAAGGCAAUUCCUGGUGCCUCCAGACUAUGAAGCUGUGUUUUCCGGACGCCAGUCUCUGAGAGUCUCUGAGUGUAGCCAGGUGUCUCCCACUGAUAUGAGUCCAGUUUCGCCCGUCUUCAGUGACUCUCUGUCAGAUAAGAGUCAGGUCACGACGACCACCCUGAUAGGUCUUGAGUCCGCUUCCAAGUCUGUUACACCUGGAUCCGCAGACGCCUUUGAAUUCUCCCCAGACUUUAAGCGAGUGCUCGGUGAAUUUGAGAAAUCACUCUCUGCAUUUGGACCAGAUAUCCAAUCAGAUUCCGCCCAAGAAGACUCAGACCUGGAGUUCUUUGACUGCAAAGAUGACUUGUCAGACUUCUUAGAGCCAGAGGAUCUGGAGCCAGAGGAACCUGAAGACCUCUACCACAUUGAAGAGCCUCCUUCCCCAACCCCCUUCGGCAGCACACCAGAGACAGGCUUCCUCAAAGGGAGCCCUAUAUACAGCGCACAGUUCCUACGGGUGGAUGACCAAAAGCGCUUCUCAUCGGGUAGUGAAAGUCUUGGGGAUUAUGGCAUUUAUGACAGACCAGAAAGUGAAAGUGAAACUGUACCCACAUGUGAAGAGCUUCCCUCCAGGUCGCGGGCAGGGUACGAUGACGAUGAGUACUCUCUGGAACGGGAGAUAAAUGAGGAGCUAGGGUUGCUGUCAUCGGAUAACUCAGAGGAAGAGGUGUUAACCUCCAGGGUGGUCCGACGCAGAGUUAUCAUCCAGGCGGAUGACCUGCCAGACAUCCCUCCCCAGACAGUUACAGAAGAACAGUACAUGGAUGAGCAAGGAAACAUGGUAGUCAAGAAGAUCACACGGAAGGUGAUCCGUAAGUACUUCUCUCCAGACGGUGUGGAGAGAGAGGAGGUGACGGUGCAGGGAUCUCAGCAGGAGAUGGUCAGCGUGGAGGAGGGAGACGGCUUCUCCAAGGUGGUGAAGAGGACAGUGGUCCGGAGUGAGGGAGAUCAGACUGAGUUGACCUUCUCGGAGCCCCUUGCCCUGGGGGCCACCACGGCCUCGGAGAUCGAGUCAGAGCAGGCGCAGGGUCGAAAGGUCAGCAAGGUGGUCAAGACGACGGUGGUGAGGGGCGAGAGGAUGGAGAAGCAGACGGGUGACCCCUCGCUGGCCGCAGACCUCCCCUCGGCCAAACAGGACUUUGAGAAGGCAUUGAGUUAUGCUGGAGGCUUUGGGAAAAUUCAACUUCCCCAUUUAGUAGAAAAAGAGGUUGUGAAGGAGGACGGUUCUGUUGUCAAAAGAACCCAGAUGCGUAAGUCUCGUACCCAGAAGAGGACUGUGGCGAUGGAUGCCCAGGGUAAGCAUGUGCACCUGGAGCGGCUGGACGACACCCCAGAGACCCUGCAACCCGAUGCCCUUCAACAACACCUGCACUUGCUGCUCCAACGCUAUUGCGCCAAGGAGGAGGAGGGAGGAGAGGAGGAGGAGAGGAGAAAGAAGAAGUGAUGGGCUUUUUUGAUUUGCUGGCUGAGUUGUGUGUCUUCCCUUUUGGCCUCGCCCCCAAUGCUACAUAAGCCUCCUAUCCACAAAAAACCCAUGAAGUCUUGUAAGCUAUUCUCUACCACAACUCUGACCCCUCGAUGACCCCUAACGACCCUUAACCUUUACCAGCCAGACUUCCCCUGCUAACGACACUGGAUUACGUUUUGGUUUCAAUUUUUGUUUUUCCCUUUUAGUGGCAAAUAAUGAAACAGUUUAUUAUUAUUUUUUGCUUUUUUUUUGUUUCCAGUUUUUUUUUGCUCAUUUUGUGACCAAAGAUGGCACCCCCUUUCUCAUCGGGUGACUUAGAAUAUAUAUUUUUUGUCGUUAUCCUUUUGUUUGGUUCUUGUAGUUUUUGGCUGCUGUGGUACAAUAAAAAAGAACAACACAAAAAAAAAUGCAACGAAUGAAAACAGCUACAGGAAAUGUAUGAAGAGGGUGCACCUCGCACGUUCGCCUCAUGCAGAGGCCUCUUUCUGAAAGAACGAUUGUAAACAUUUGUAAAUAGAGAAGACUGGUAGAAAACAAAACAAACAACAAUUCAAAAGCAUUUGUUACAUUUGUCCCACGGUACCUGCUGUACACGUACGUGUACCAAUCUGUUCUGUGGUCAAGGGUGAAGGGUCUUGACCCUUUUCAUCCGACUAUCAAGAGAUUGUUACAUAGGAGUCCGUUGUCAUAAACAGUUUUGGAGAGAUACUGUUUUAAAGGAGUGAAUGCCAUAGUCUUUCAUCAAGGACUUUUGAAUCAGAUAAGCGCAAAUACGCUGUGAUCUGAACCCCCAUUUUAUUGAAGCAAAUCAUCCCCCAAAUAACCCUCCACUACAGUUCAGUUUACAAAGUUGGCUCAAGGUGGUUACGUGUGUAAUGAUGUGGUGUUGUUUGUUUUACAUGAGCUUUGUGAACACACGUUCAGCCCCAGCCCCAGGUACUGCCCCGGGUACUGCCCCGGGUACUGCCCCGGGUACUGCCCCAGGUACUGCCCCAGGUACUGCCCCGGGUACUGCCCCGGGUACUGCCCCGGGUACUGCCCCGGGUACUGCCCCGGGUACUGUCCCGGGUACUGCCCCGGGUACUGUCCCAGGUACUGCCCCGGGUACUGCCCCAGGUACUGCCCCAGGUACUGUCCCAGGUACUGCCCCGGGUACUGUCCCGGGUACUGCCCCGGGUACUGCCCCAGGUACUGCCCCAGGUACUGCCCCAGGUACUGUCCCCAUCCCCCUGUUUUUCUCUGUCUGUUUCUGUCUUAUGGGUGUUGUGUAGUCAAACUUCCUUCUGAGCAGUGCAGCAGACUGCUGCCACCUAUGUGUGUGUGUGUGUGUGUGCGCGCACGUAUGUACGUGAGUGUGUUUGUGUGUUAGUUCAUAGUAUCCUCACUGACAUUGCGACCUGCCAUUUUCGAAAUAAAUUAUCCAGAAUGUUCUCCUUUCUUGUCCUUCAUGUACGCUCUUUUAUCUUCCAUUACUACACCUACAGGUCAUAACACUAGGUACGUCGCCCCUCCUUCCCUACACCUACAGGUCAUAACACUAGGUACGUCGCCCCUCUUUCCCUCCCAUUACUACACCUACAGGUCAUAACACUAGGUACGUCGCCCCUCCUUCCCUCCCAUUACUACACCUACAGGUCAUAACACUAGGUACGUCUCCCCUCCUUCCCUCCCAUUACUACACCUACAGGUCAUAAUACUAGGUACGUCGCCCCUCCUUCCCUACCAUUACUACACCUACAGGUCAUAACACUAGGUACGUCUCCCCUCCUUCCCUCCCAUUACUACACCUACAGGUCAUAACACUAGGUACGUCGCCCCUCCUUCCCUCCCAUUACUACACCUACAGGUCAUAAUACUAGGUACGUCGCCCCUCCUUCCCUACCAUUACUACACCUACAGGUCAUAACACUAGGUACGUCUCCCCUCCUUCCCUGCCAUUACUACACCUAUAGGUCAUAACACUAGGUACGUCACCCCUCCUUCCCUACCAUUACUACACCUACAUGUCAUAACACUAGGUAUGUCGCCCCUCCUUCCCUCCCAUUACUACACCUAUAGGUCAUAACACUAGGUACGUCGCCCCUCCUUCCCUCCACCUACAGGUCAUAACACUAGGUACGUCGCCCCUCCUUCCCUCCCAUUACUACACCUACAGGUCAUAACACUAGGUACGUCGCCCCUCCUUCCCUACACCUACAGGUCAUAACACUAGGUACGUCACCCCUCCUUCCCUCCCAUUACUACACCUACAGGUCAUAACACUAGGUACGUCGCCCCUGCUUCCCUCCCAUUACUACACCUACAGGUCAUAAUACUAGGUACGUCGCCCCUCCUUCCCUACCAUUACUACACCUACAGGUCAUAACACUAGGUACGUCUCCCCUCCUUCCCUCCCAUUACUACACCUACAGGUCAUAAUACUAGGUACGUCGCCCCUCCUUCCCUACCAUUACUACACCUACAGGUCAUAACACUAGGUACGUCUCCCCUCCUUCCCUCCCAUUACUACACCUACAGGUCAUAACACUAGGUACGUCGCCCCUCCUUCCCUCCCAUUACUACACCUACAGGUCAUAAUACUAGGUACGUCGCCCCUCCUUCCCUACCAUUACUACACCUACAGGUCAUAACACUAGGUACGUCGCCCCUCCUUCCCUCCCAUUACUACACCUACAGGUCAUAACACUAGGUACGUCACCCCUCCUUCCCUACCAUUACUACACCUACAGGUCAUAACACUAGGUAUGUCGCCCCUCCUUCCCUCCCAUUACUACACCUAUAGGUCAUAACACUAGGUACGUCGCCCCUCCUUCCCUCCACCUACAGGUCAUAACACUAGGUACGUCGCCCCUCCUUCCCUCCCAUUACUACACCUACAGGUCAUAACACUAGGUACGUCGCCCCUCCUUCCCUACACCUACAGGUCAUAACACUAGGUACGUCACCCCUCCUUCCCUCCCAUUACUACACCUACAGGUCAUAACACUAGGUACGUCGCCCCUGCUUCCCUCCCAUUACUACACCUACAGGUCAUAAUACUAGGUACGUCGCCCCUCCUUCCCUACCAUUACUACACCUACAGGUCAUAACACUAGGUACGUCUCCCCUCCUUCCCUCCCAUUACUACACCUACAGGUCAUAACACUAGGUACGUCGCCCCUCCUUCCCUCCCAUUACUACACCUACAGGUCAUAACACUAGGUACGUCACCCCUCCUUCCCUCCACCUACAGGUCAUAACACUAGAUACGUCGCCCCUCCUUCCCUCCCAUUACUACACCUACAGGUCAUAACACUAGGUACGUCUCCCCUCCUUCCCUCCCAUUACUAUACCUACAGGUCAUAACACUAGGUACGUCGCCCCUCCUUCCCUACACCUACAGGUCAUAACACUAGGUACGUCUCCCCUCCUUCCCUCCCAUUACUACACCUACAGGUCAUAACACUAGGUACGUCGCCCCUCCUUCCCUACACCUACAGGUCAUAACACUAGGUACGUCACCCCUCCUUCCCUCCACCUACAGGUCAUAACACUAGAUACGUCGCCCCUCCUUCCCUCCCAUUACUACACCUACAGGUCAUAACACUAGGUACGUCUCCCCUCCUUCCCUCCCAUUACUAUACCUACAGGUCAUAACACUAGGUACGUCGCCCCUCCUUCCCUACACCUACAGGUCAUAACACUAGGUACGUCUCCCCUCCUUCCCUCCCAUUACUACACCUAUAGGUCAUAACACUAGGUAUGUCGCCCCUCCUUCCCUCCCAUUACUACACCUACAGGUCAUAACACUAGGUACGUCGCCCCUCCUUCCCUCCCAUUACUACACCUACAGGUCAUAACACUAGGUACGUCUCCCCUCCUUCCCUACACCUACAGGUCAUAACACUAGGUAUGUCGCCCCUCCUUCCCUCCCAUUACUACACCUACAGGUCAUAACACUAGGUACGUCUCCCCUCCUUCCCUACACCUACAGGUCAUAACACUAGGUACGUCUCCCCUCCUUCUCUACACCUACAGGUCAUAACACUAGGUACGUCGCCCCUCCUUCCCUUCCAUUCCUACACCUACAGGUCAUAACACUAGGUACGUCUCCCCUCCUUCUCUACACCUACAGGUCAUAACACUAGGUAUGUCACCCAUUUAAGUCAUCCCUCCUUCCCUCCCAUUACUACACCUACAGGUCAUAACACUAGGUACGUCGCCCCUCCCCUCCAGUCACUUGUGCGUGCCAUCUCACCCAUCUAUCAAUGACAUUAAAGGUAGACUCAGCAAUAUGACGAGGAUGCAGAAAGUAAACAUAGUGGGUCAAUUUCCACAACAACUAAGAGCGUUGAAGCGUGAGGCCUCCACUCUCUGAACAACCUGAAGCAAACCUGUGCACAUGUGCAGAUACUGGGUGUGACUAUGUGAGAGCAAAGUCUUGCAUCUCACUAUCUGCGGUGCUGCUCGUGGCCACAUCAUUUCAUUGAGUCUUUCUUUAAGCCUGUUAAGAUUUGUACAAGCAAGUAUAGGACAGAGAGAGACCAGUGUGCUGUAGUUCUUCUGUUUAAUUUGCUGUUGUUGAUUAGAUUUGUUUCUGUUGGUUUUAUGGUAUCCAAUAAAUGGUGAUAAGAUCGGCACAUCAUCUUGAGUUUCUGACAGAUUAUUUUUGGUCUGCUUCGUGUUUGCGUGUGUUGGUAGCGUGGAGAUGGAAGAUCCUUGGCCCUUUGACAUGCAUUAUUCCUUGCUCAAUGGUAUGUUUCCACAAUCUUGUUCUGAGGGCAGAUUGGUUGGAAGGCCAAGGGAUGGAGCUUGAGCUAUAUGAUUGGUUAAACAGUGUGUCAGAGGAAACACUGCACACCUACCUGGCAACCAUGUCAGCAUGCACUGCAUCUGGCCCACCACACGAGUCACUAGUGCACAAAGACAUCCCUGCCAGCCAAACCCUCCUCUUAUCCAGACUAUACUGGGCCAAUUGUGUGCCACCAUAUGGGUCUCCCAGUCGUGGUGAGCUGUCUGAGACUGGACUCGAACCCAGAAUCUCUAGUGACACAGCUAGCACUGCCUUAGACCACAGUGCCACUCAGGAGUCCACAUUACCUUAGAAAGUAAACUGUUCAUCAUUUCUUUUGACUGGUUAGAUUCAAAAGACCUAAACUUCCAGCUGAUGGUGUGUGCCUGAGUGGCAGAGGGUGUAAGACAUAGGUUGACAUACCAGAAGGUGCCUAGUUCAAAUCCCAGUCUAUCUGUUGUUUCCCUCACAUUCCUUGCCUAAAUGUUCUGCCCUCAGAACAAGCUCUACUGUUAAUUACCAUCCAAGCAAUAUCAUUGUGAUUUUGGCCCCCGCAGACUUGCAAGGCCUAUUCAUUUCAACUGGUAUACAUGGAGGUGGAGUAAACGCGGAGCAGACUUGCAAGGCCUAUUCAUUUCAACUGGUAUACAUGGAGGUGGAGUAAACGCGGAGCAGACUUCUGCGGAUUACCUAUUGGCCAAGUUUAAUUUUGUUUCUACGUAUUUAUUGAUGUCCAGCCAUGCUCCUCUCCUCCUCCAGUGUGCGGAGACAUGGGUGUGUUUUAUGUUUGUGUGAGUGCAAGUUGAAGAUGGGAAAGGGAAUUUCAAUUAAAACUCUUCAACCGAUAAGUUGCCAUUGUACGCAAGGCUUCACAUGAAUUCUGAAACGCUCUAGAAACCAUGACUGAAAACCAGAAAACAGAACUGACAUGGAUGUACUGUAAUCUUGGGCUGGCUGGCUGGAAGCAUCGUUGGGUGUUAUCUGUGGUACAGACUUUCUCUAUGUAAUCUAUCUAAUAUUACGGUUCAUCACUUUGCCAAUUUACUUUGUGUGAUCAAAAUUAAAGAAACCAACAAAAAAAAAAGUCAAAAACUUGCAUUUGAUUUGAUGAAUCCGCAUCUUGUUUCCAUGGUGAUAACAAUAUUACACAUAUGUAAAUAUCUAUGAGGGCAUGUAUUAGUUAAUAAGAAAGGAGGGGAAAGUCUGAAUGGCUAACAUGGCAUAGCAGCUACAGUGUAUGUGGCAGAAUAUUAAAUUGUACAUGUGUCAAAUG